AUGGAAUUCUAUCAGAUAUCGGAUUCCGAAACAGAGGAAUACAAACGAAUACUGAUGGAAACGGGAUACACAGCGCUUCGUGAAAAGUUAGAAGAAACAAUCAAUGGAUGGAAAAAAAUCAAAAUAAAUAUUGCUGUAACAGGGGAAUCUGGCACAGGGAAGUCGUCCUUUAUCAACUCCAUCAGAGGAUUAAUGGCUGACGAUCCUGGAGCAGCUGAAGUUUCCGCGGUCGAAACGACUAUGAAACCCAAAGCUUACGACCACCCGGACAAUCCAAAUCUUCAGGUUUGGGAUUUGCCUGGUGUAGGUACGUCAACCUUCACGCGGGAUAACUACUUGCAGGAAGUCGAUUUAAGCCGGUUUGACUUUGUUUUGCUACUGUCGUCUUCGCGGUUUAAGGAAAAUGACAUUUGGCUCGCAAAGGAAAUUCUUAAGUUGAAGCCAAAUUAUAACCUGUUUUUUGUACGAACAAAGAUCGACGAAGAUCUUCGCUCCUCCCAAAAAGGACGACGCAAAAUUCAGACGCUCAAAGAUAUGCAAGCAUUGCAGCAAACAGUCAGAGACAAUGUAAGGAUCAAUCUUGAAAAAGGCAAGAUAUUCAAGGCACAUAUAUAUCUUGUUGACAACUAUGACAAAGAAGCUUUUGAUUUUGCAACAAUUGUCUCGAAACUGAUCCAAAAGGUUUCCCGUCUGAAAAGGGAAGCAAUGAUCAUGUCUUUGUCUGGGAUCACAAACGAAGUUGUUCAAAAGAAACUCGCUAUUUUAAAAAGUAGAAUCAGCAUGGUUUCUAAAACUGCAGCAGUGGCGGCAGUCUUUGCAAAGUCGGACACAAAGUAUCCGGCAGAAAUAGAGGUGUUGCUAGAGGAGUGUAGAUUUUAUCGUUCGCAGCUAGGACUCAAUUUAGAAUCGCUUCAAAUCAUCGCAAAUCGUAUUGAAAUUGAUAUCGAAGAAUUGCUGGUCAAGUUGUCAAUACAAUCAUACAUAUAUGUAGAUUGCGAUGAUAAGUUUGCCAUGUAUUAUUCAGGGUUUGAAAAAAUUGAACCAAACCUUUGGCAUUCACUGCCACUUAUUGGAAACAUGUUAAAGGUCCGAGCCUACCAGAAGCAAUGCGCUUUUCUUAUGAAGUCAUUCCUUGACGUAUGUGCAAAGGAAACACUUGACCUACAGAAGCACAUGGCCAUGGCUUUAGAGGGAUCCUAA